AUGCGAUCUGGUAAGGGGAUUGAGAAAAAGCCCAAGUUCUUGAAGAAUGAUGAUGCAAGGCUGGUUAAGAUGAUUCCCACAAAGCCCAUGGUGGUUGAGACUUUCUUAGAGUAUCCUCCACUUGGUCGAUUUGUUGUGAGGGAUUGUCCGGAUUUGAAGUUUGGGAAGAGAUUGCGGUCGGGCUAUGCGAAGAGAUUGCGGUCAGGCUUUAGCGGCAGAGGAUCUGCCUCAUGUGGAGCCGGGGCUUGUGAGAAGGCAGUUGGGCUACGCCUAGAGUGA